AGGAAAAAGCCUAUAGACGAUGCAAAGACAUACAUUCUGUCUUGCACUGACAAGGAUGGGUUUAUGCCGAGAUUCAUUGACCAUUACAAAGGAAGAGGAGUGUUUGCCACACAACCCAUUGAACCCGGGGACUUCGUGUUGGAGUACAGGGGUAAACUCCUCACACAGGAGGAAAGCAAGUCAAGAAAAUACUCAGAGAUUGAAAGCACAUUUCUCUUUGACUUUCAGUGGCAGAAUCAUCACUUAUGCCUGGAUGCAUCGCAAGACGAUUUUUCUCUAGGACGUUUGGUCAACGACAACCACCAAAAUCCGAAUUGCGUUAUGAAAAAAAUCAUAGUUGACAACAAACCACAUUUGUGCCUAUUUUCUCUGAAGAAAAUAGAAAUAGGAGAUGAAAUUGAUUACAACUAUGGUGAUUCAAAAUGGCCUUGGCGCAGUAAGUUGAAAAAAACCCAAGCUCCUGCUGCCGCAGUAGAGAAUGAGACCAGCCCUGUUCUUCAGAUGCUAAAUGAUGGACCAAACCCAGAUCAGACCUGCUCAGAGGUGAAAGGCCUUCAGACUCCUGCUGCCGCAGUAGAGAAUGAGACCAGCCCUGUUCCUCAGAUGCUAAAUGAUAGACCAAACCCAGAUCAGACCUGCUCAGAGGUGAAAGGCCUUCAGACUCCUGCUGCCGCAGUAGAGAAUGAGACCAGCCCUGUUCCUCAGAUGCUAAAUGAUGGACCAAACCCAGAUCAGACCUGCUCAGAGGUGAAAGGCCUUCAGACUCCUGCUGCCGCAGUAGAGAAUGAGACCAGCCCUGUUCCUCAGAUGCUAAAUGAUGGACCAAACCCAGAUCAGACCUGCUCAGAGGUGAAAGGCCUUCAGACUCCUGCUGCCGCAGUAGAGAAUGAGACCAGCCCUGUUCCUCAGAUGCUAAAUGAUGGACCAAACCCAGAUCAGACCUGCUCAGAGGUGAAAGGCCUUCAGACUCCUGCUGCCGCAGUAGAGAAUGAGACCAGCCCUGUUCCUCAGAUGCUAAAUGAUGGACCAAACCCAGAUCAGACCUGCUCAGAGGUGAAAGGCCUUCAGACUCCUGCUGCCGCAGUAGAGAAUGAGACCAGCCCUGUUCCUCAGAUGCUAAAUGAUGGACCAAACCCAGAUCAGACCUGCUCAGAGGUAUUUACUGUCCAAGGAUUUUCACUGGUUGAUUAUCCAGAUAGUGAUGAAACUGAUGAGGAUGGUAUGGAAAACGAACCUCCCACCCCACACCUGGAUGUUAUUAUAGGGCAGAAUGAUAUUGGCCCAGAUGUUUCAGAUCAUUUGUACAAUUCAGAUGAAACUGUUGUGAAAGAAACUUGUGAUGAGGCUUCUUCAAGCAACCAUUCCAACAAUGAAUCGGAUGAUGAACUUGUUCCACGGCUGAGACGCACAAAAAGCAUUCUGAUGGAUAGAGUACAAGAUUUUACACACGGUCUCCAUGAUUCAAGUAGUGACAGUGCAGAGGAGACUCCUUUUUUUAAUCCUGAAAGGGUUUCACAGAAGCUGAGAAGAAGGUCUUGCCGUCCCAUUCAGAUGAAUCUCGUGGAAUCAGAUGACUCAAACUUAGGUAGCGAAGAGGAGUAUAUUCCAAAUCCCAGGGAUGAAAGCACAGAAAGUGAUAGCAGUAUGGAAUUAACCCUGGAAAAGGAAAAAAAGAAGAAAGGUGCAUCAUCCGGUAAGAGCAAGUUUAAGCCCAGAGAAAGAAGUAGAUCCUCCCGAGAGAGUGGAAGCGAGUCCUCCAGACAGAGCAAGUCUAAGCCCGGGGAAAGUGGAAGUAGAUCCUCACGAAAGAGUGGAAGCGAGUCCUCCAGACAGAGCAAGUCUAAGUCCAUGGAGAGUGGAAGUAGAUCCUCACGAAAGAGUGGAAGCGAGUCCUCCAGACAGAGCAAGUCUAAGUCCAUGGAGAGUGGAAGUAGAUCCGCCCGAGAGAGUGGAAGCGAGUCCUCCAGACAGAGCAAGUCUAAGCCCGGGGAAAGUGGAAGUAGAUCCUCACGAAAGAGUGGAAGCGAGUCCUCCAGACAGAGCAAGUCUAAGCCCGGGGAAAGUGGAAGUAGAUCCUCACGAAAGAGUGGAAGCGAGUCCUCCAGACAGAGCAAGUCUAAGCCCGGGGAAAGUGGAAGUAGAUCCUCACGAAAGAGUGGAAGCGAGUCCUCCAGACAGAGCAAGUCUAAGUCCAUGGAGAGUGGAAGUAGAUCCGCCCGAGAGAGUGGAAGCGAGUCCUCCAGACAGAGCAAGUCUAAGCCCGGGGAAAGUGGAAGUAGAUCCUCCCGAGAGAGUGGAAGCAAGUCCUCCAGACAGAGCAAGUCUAAGUCCAUGGAGAGUGGAAGUAGAUCCUCACGAAAGAGUGGAAGCGAGUCCUCCAGACAGAGCAAGUCUAAGCCCGGGAAAGUGGAAGUAGAUCCUCACGAAAGAGUGGAAGCGAGUCCUCCAGACAGAGCAAGUCUAAGUCCAUGGAGAGUGGAAGUAGAUCCUCCCGAGAGAGUGGAAGCGAGUCCUCUAGUCAUAGCCAAUUUGACUUUAGCCAGAGAAGACUUUUGGAAAGAUGUCAUGAUCCCACACAAAGAUUUCCAAAUAGCAGAGUUGAUGGGAAUGAAAAGGAAAUCGCAACAUUUUCUGAAAACAGUGUUUCAGUGCCCCUGGAAGAAGAGCAAAUAUACAGAUGCGUAUUGGAAGUUCUUGAGUGUAAUGAUUCAGGACGAGAUCACAGUUGCAAUUAAAGGAGACAACUGCAUCCUCAAUUAUGGGUUCAGGUUGUUCAAAAAGAAUGAGAAGAUAGUCAGUCAACACCAGUAUAUACGCCAAAAACUGCGAGAACUUGGCAGGCUUUUAUUGGAAGCUAAAAAAAUCACACGUGUGAGGACCAUUCAAGAACUCAUCAAACCUGAACAGUACUCACAGGUUGUCAGAGCUGCAAAGAACCUAUCUGGAUUCAGUGAGGAAACUGGGAUAUACCAAUGUCCAUCUCUUGCACGCAAGGUAGGACACAGCCUGCAUUCGUUGGCUAUGUUUAUCAAGUCCGAAGGACUGAAAAAGAGAGAUAAGGAAACCAUUAAAGAUGCUGAGGAGUUCGCACAGUUGUAUUUAGAGAGUUGGAGGUUUGAUAUUGCAGGCCAGGCAUUAACCCAGCUUAACCGGGCCAAAUGGAAUGCACCGCAACUUUUACCUCUUACACAAGAUAUCCAAAAGCUACAUUGCUAUCUAGAAGAAAAACAGCAGCAACAUCUCAAAGAUUUAAAAGAACAUCAUUCAUCCACAAAUUGGAAGGAACUUGCAAAAGUAACGUUGACUCAAGUUAUGCUUUUUAAUCGGCGGAGAGCAGGUGAAGUGUCCCGAAUGCACCUGUCUGCAUACUUAUCGAAAGACACAUCAGAGGAACAGGGAGAUGUAAAUUUGGCCCUCACACCGCUUGAGCAGAAGCUCUGCAGGCAUUUCGUGCGAAUAGCAAUUGUUGGAAAAAGAGGAAGGAAGGUUCCAGUUCUUCUAACCCCAUUAAUGAGAGAAUCACUUGAUGCUCUUACUGAGUGCAGAGAAGUAUGUGGGGUGCUGAAGGACAAUGAAUAUCUGUUUGCAUUGCCACAAUCUGCCCAUUACCUCAGGGCUUGUGACUGCAUGAGGCAAUUUGUCAGUGAAUGCGGUGACAUAAAAAAUCCUCAAGCGCUAAAAUCAAUUCAACUGAGGAAACAUAUUGCUACCCUGUCUACUGUUUUGAACCUCAAAACCACCGAGCUCGACCAGUUGGCAGACUUCCUCGGUCAUAAUAUCGCUGUUCACAGGAAACACUACAGGCUCCCAGAAAGCACCCUCCAAUUAGCCAAAGUGAGUAAAGUCCUCCUCGCAAUGGAACAAGGACGCCUAGGAGAUUACAAAGGAAAGAGCCUCGAUGAAAUACAAGUCGAUGUGAAUGAGACCAUUGACAUGGAGGGACCUUUAGCUGAGGAUAUUGAAGAUGUCGGUAUGCUAAGAGAUGAUGGGUCAGACGAUGAGCUCAUAUCAUCCACGCAAGAAUGUACCUCCACAUCACAAAGUCAAAACCAGAGAGUGUCUUCAACCGGAGACCUGUCUGAUGCAGAGGCUGCACAAUCAGUCAAACACAACCCCAGUUUUAAAACUGAACACUGCUUCAGUACUGCCUGA